GUGAGCCUAAACCCACAAACUGGCUGACCCAGCUGCUUGCUAAUGCUAAAAGAAAAUCGAUAAGCCAAACGAAACCAAACCAAUUCGUUUGAGACAACCCGAGAAGAAGGACGAUAUUCUGCUGCAGGAGAUUUACCUGCAAACCUUCAAUCAUCUGAUGGAUACCGACAAAUCCAUGGACAAGGUGUCGGCUCAGAACCCAGUCCCUACCUCACCCCCUGAUCCUGUCCCGGUCUCCUUUCCUGCCCUCGGCUCCAGUCCAGCCCAAGAUCAUGUUCCCAUCCAGGAGCCAGCAAUAGCUGAAACACCCAGUAACCCGGUGACCCCAGAGCAACAAGCUGCUCCAGAUCUCCCCCAAGUUCUGCCUGUAGACCUAGAUGGGACUUCCAAACCUGUUCCAGGUUUUGAGCCACCCGUACUCCUGCGGGUAGGACCAGUUCCACCACCCCUGCCACCAGCUGCUGCUAAGAACCCCAGCUGCAAGAUCAUGACUUUCAGGCCUACCAUAGAAGAGUUUAAAGACUUUGCCCAAUAUAUUGUCUACAUGGAGAGUCAAGGAGCGCAUCGUGCUGGCCUGGCAAAGGUGAUUCCGCCUGAGGGCUGGAAGCCUCGCAAGUCCUACGAUACAAUUGAAGACAUGGUGAUUCCAGCACCCAUCAUGCAGGUGGUAACCGGUCAGUCGGGUCUGUUUACCCAAUACAACAUUCAGAAGAAAUCUAUGACCGUUGGUGAAUAUCGCAAGAUGGCCAACAGCAAGAAAUACUGCACACCCCGCCACAAAGACUUUGAUGACCUGGAGAGGAAGUACUGGAAGAACCUGACAUUUGUGUCGCCCAUUUAUGGGGCGGAUGUUAGUGGCUCAAUCUACGAUGAGGACAUUCAUGAGUGGAACAUUGGCCACCUCAACACUCUGCUGGACAUGGUGGAGCAGGAGUGUGGUAUUGUCAUUGAAGGAGUCAACACGCCGUACCUGUAUUUCGGCAUGUGGAAGACCACCUUUGCUUGGCACACAGAGGACAUGGACCUCUACAGUAUCAACUAUCUCCACUUUGGGCAGCCAAAGUCCUGGUACACUGUUCCUCCGGAACAUGGCAAGAGACUAGAGAGGCUUGCACAAGGAUUCUUCCCGGGCAGCUCCCAAGGCUGCGAUGCCUUCCUCCGUCACAAGAUGACACUGAUAUCUCCAUCCAUCCUGAAGAAAUACAGCAUUCCCUUUGACAGGAUCACUCAAAAUGAAGGAGAGUUUAUGAUUACAUUUCCGUAUGGCUACCAUGCUGGCUUCAACCACGGCUUCAACUGCGCAGAAUCUACAAACUUUGCCACUCUGCGUUGGGUGGACUAUGGGAAGAACGCGACCCUGUGUUCCUGCCGGAAGGACAUGGUGAAGAUCUCCAUGGACGUGUUUGUUCGCUGCCUGCAGCCUGAUCGCUACGAGCUAUGGAAACAGGGCAAAGAUAUCACAGUGUUGGACCACCUGAAGGCUACAGAGUUGAGCAGUCCUCAACUGGAGCUCUGGAGGCAGCACAGGGUCACCUACCGGCAAAACCUGCUGCAAAGAGCAAUGCACAAGAUGAAGCAGGUUCGUCGCCUAAAGCUUGAGGAGGUAAAAGUGCUGGCGGAAGAGGGAAUUGAGCUGAAUGCUGCUGAGUACCAGCGUCAGGUGGAGGAGCGCGAGGCUCAGCGCAAGCAGGAAAAGGAGGAGCGUUUAGCCAGGGAAGCUAUGUUGACCCUGGAGGCUAUGGAACGUGAGGAACAGGAGGCUGCCGAGGCCGCUGCGAAGGCAGCAGACAGUCCUGUGAAAGCAGCACAGACCCCAUUUGUAGAAGAACAAGAACCUGACAUCAAGCCACCGAACUUGAUGGAGGAGAUCGAGAAGAAAAAGCAGAAAAAACAGAAGAGGAUGUCCACCAUCCAAGGUCCCAUCUCUGGAUUUGAACAAGCAUUUCAGAAGUUUGCUACAUCCAGCAAGAAGAACGUGGACAUAAUGUCGAUGACAAAUGAAGACAUGAACAUGGAAAUGAACACUACUCAGCAGCUGACCUUCUCCAAAAAGAAAAAGCCAACGGAGGUGAAGAAAAGUCGGCGCCACCCCCUCAGUAAGCCACCCAUGCGCUCGCCUCUGUCUAUUGUCAAACAAGACCCGACUACUGAGAAAGAGCUGUCCUCUCAAAUGCCGAUGGAUAGCAGCAUGAAGAAACAGGAACACUUAUGGCGGAAUAACUCUCCAAACUUUUUGGCCGAGAAGUCGUUCAAUGCUGCCGUGGCUGUGCUUGAACCACACUGUGCUGUCUGUUCACUCUUCUGUUCCUACAUGAAGCCACAGAAGGAUGUUGUCACUGCCAAUCUUACCCCUGACCCCUCCAUACCUCGACAUGGCAGUUCGACUCAGCCACUGGUUCCGGAGAUGUGCUUCAGUGUUGGAGCAGUCAACACAGAACCACCACCCACAAACUACCACAUCGGGGAGGAUGGAACCAGUCUUCUGAUCCAGUGUAAAUGUUGCGCCAUGCAGGUUCAUGCCAGUUGUUAUGGUGUGAAGCCAGAGUCUGUGAGGGUAUCCUGGACCUGUGCCAGGUGUACAGCAGGAGCCUGGGUGGUGGAGUGUUGUCUCUGUAACCUGCGUGGAGGAGCGUUGAAAAUGACCACAGACAACCGGUGGGUCCACGUCAUCUGUGCCAUCGGCGUGGCAGAAGCUCGCUUCGUCAACGCCAUCGACAGGGAGCCAGUGGAUGUCAGUGCUGUCCCAGAAACCCGCAAGAGUUUGAAGUGUGUGUUCUGCCACACAACCAAUCCCAGUCUGAACCGCGGCGCUUGCAUACAGUGCACGCAUGACAACUGCGCCACCUCUUUCCAUGUCACGUGCGCCCAGAUAGCCGGUGUAGUGAUGAAGCCUGCAGACUGGCCCUACGUGGUGUCCGUCACAUGCCACAAGCAUAAAAAGGGGAUCCAGAAGCCUCGCACAGCACCUAAAGCUGCUCCUCAGGGUCCAGAGCUGGGCUUGAAGGUGAUUGGGCGCAACAGUGACGGCUGGUACUACCACUGCACCAUCAUCGGCCUGGCAACACAGACGUUCUACGAGGUCAACUUUGAAGAGGGCUCAUACUGUGACAACGUGCACCCAGAGAAUAUAGCGAAUCACGACUGCCUGCGUACCGGUCCUCCUGAUGCAGGAGAUCUGAUUGUAGUCAGCACACCGGAGGGUCAAAACCUCAAAGCUUCCUUUGUCAAACAGCACGUCCACAAGCUUUACCAGGUGGAGUUUCAGGACCAAAGUCAGUUGAUGCUCAAACACUCGGAGAUCUUUCUGCUGGAUCAUGAAUUACCUAAAAGAGUUAGGUCUCGACUGGCUUUACCUGCACCACAGGAGGAGGUCUCCACUGAUGAAGCCCAAGCAGCAAAGCGCCGCCGCCUGCCCUCCAGCUCAACUCAGCCUAAAACUUCAGUUCCAGCUUCAGCACCAGCACAGCAGAAACGCAGUAUUACCACUCAGCCAAGCUUGGAGCCCCCCUCCCUAACUCCCGUUACCAAUCAGGAGGCUCCCACCCCUGUCAGCAGCAUUCAGACAGACACAGAGACCCCAAUGGACACCAGCAACAACCUCACUGACCCUCUCACUGAGCCCUCCCCGGUCUCCGACCCCCUGCCGUCUCAGCAGGCUACCCCUGUUCAGUCCACUUUGAACUCUGACCCCUUCCUCUCUGCCCCGUCCUCCCCGCCACGUGCGCCCCAACACAUGGCUGACGGCUACACGCCGAGCAGCGGCUACGUCUCCUACAUGGAGACACUCCUCCACUCACGUUUUCCUCAGGACGACAAACAGGGCCCCGUGUAUUAAAAUCCACCUCCUCCAUGUCAUUAGUCAGCUGGCAGUGGCUGAGCCAACAGGACAUAAGCUAAAGGAGGGGAACUCUGAGUGCUGGUUGACGGACAAAAUGCUUCCAAGGCGAGAGGAGGAGGAGACAUGGACUCGGAAGCACUCUUUUAAUGCAUGUUACUUUUUCUAUUUUUGAGUUAAUAUAUUUGCAGUGGUGCUUUAACCUGCUCUGAGGCAGCAGCUAAUGAGCAAACAUGUUUUUUAACAGUAUAUUUCUUUUCUUUUUAGACUUUUCUUGGGGUUUUUCUUUUGGCAGCUGCUGUGCUUUUCUUUCCCCUCACGUUGAUAUAAAUAUUUCUCCAGGUGGCAUCAGUUCCUUACUCUGAUGCAUUUGUUCAAUAAUGGCACACUCCUAUCUUCUUCCUACAAAAACUAAAACAUUAUACCAGCCUCUGGGCAGGGAGGCUCCGUAAGACAUUAUCUCUUCUGUCUCAAGUGACCAGCAGCAUCUGUUUUUUUUUAAUCCAGCUAACCGUGGAUGGGAAACUAUCUGGUGGACUGGUCUUGUCCAUCUACAGGCUCUCCCGUUAGCCAAGGUGUGUUCUUGUAAUAUUUCCUGACAUAAACUGGGGGAAACGGGGUUAAAACAGAUAUGUAUUGUAGCCGGGAACUCAGUAUUUAAAUGUCUUUGUUAAAUAUUGAAAGAAUUAUUUGUAAUAGAGCAAACAUGUUGAAUGCGAACACUAGUAGAUUUUUCUGGAGGAUGCGUUGAAGUUUAGUGAAGAUGUAGUUAUCUGAUGAUGCCUUUAUGUGUCAUCGUUUGGCGGUUCCACAGUUAAUCUUUGUUUUUCACACCAAAAUGAUCUCAGGGUUCCUACAAGCAGAGGACAAGCAUGACGACCCAGAAAUAUCCCACAUUAACAUUUGGCAGAUUAAUUACUGUCCCUGAUAUUACCGAUUAGUUCCUGAUGUUCUGCUAUUUGUCAGCCAUACUGAGUAUUGUUGUGGUUUACCGCUACCAGGUUCCUUGCACUUGAACCUGCCAAACAUAGGAAAUUUAGUAAAAGGAAACAUUUGUAGGAACCCUAAAAAUGAUACAUUUAUUGCACCAUAUUUGGGUUUUAAUUGUAAGUAAAAAUCUAUAUCGUAAUUUGUUGUAUGUCUGUUUUUCUAUUGUACUCUUUCUAUGUUGAUUUUCUGUGAAUUCACAAACUUGGCCGAUCAUAAAUAAUAAUACCUUUACCAGGUUUAACAAGCGCGUCACUCAAAUUUGUGCUUCAAAUCCUCUUGGUUUCCUUUUUUUUUCCUGCACAUGUCCGUUCUUUGUUACAGAAGUGCUUCAAGACCGAUGGACUGAUUUCUUGUAACACUGACCCCAGUGUACAUACCGCAGGCCUUGUGUUGUGAUUCACAUUUGUAAAUGUCACAUUAUUUCUCCUUAUAUCCUGUCACAACUAAAACAUUUGAGCAGAAAUGCGUUCCAACUGAGAUCCAUUCAAACAAAAAUUAACUCAUGGGGAUUAAAGUGGGGUGCUUUUUGCCAACUCCUCUGUUUUGUGUGAUUUAAUAUGCUUUUUCUAAAUGUUGUUUUUCUUGGUCCAAUAAUCAGAAUGAAGAGGUACGAACAUCUGAUAUUUUUAGCUGUGAUAAUUAAGGCUCGUCCCUGUUAAUGUUAAGUUAUUUUUGUUCUGGAAACUAAAGUAAUUAUCACGUAUGCAACUUACAUGUUAGUAAAAUAAAUAACUCAUAAACCUC